AUGGAACAAGAUGUCAUAAAUUUGAAAAACCAUACUACUCGAUAUAAAGUACUGAAAGAUGAAGAGAUAAAACAAAAAGCCCUGAAGACAUAUAUGGAUAGCGAUGAGUAUAAAAAAGAAGUUGAAGCAACUGUAAAGGCAGAAAAACUUUUACAGUUGCAAAACCAAACCGUACAGUAUGAAAACUUAGCACAAGAAAGUAAAAAUAACGACGCAGCCAUGCAAAAGGCAAUGAAAAGCGCAGAAUAUAUAAAAGCUAACAAUGACUGGUUAGAUGCCCAAGCCAACGCUAAAGCAGCCCAACUUAUAGGGUCAAUAAGGACAAAAAUACAAGCGGAUGAAGACAGUUCAAAUGAAGCUUUAACAAAUGCUGACUUUAAGAACGCCUUCGAAGCUCUUCAUAGUAAGGUGAAACAAGUGAACGACUUCUCAUCUGGAAAGAAACUGAAGUCUGAAGGUUUCGACAAAGAGUUAAAAGAAGUAGCACAAAAUAUGACGAAAAUAACAGAUGCAGCAACGAGACAGGCAGUUCAAAGUGCCUAUGACGCCGUUAGAGCAACUGUUGUGAAAAGUCAAGAAAAAGAGUUACAACAGACCAAAACAGACCUAGUAAAUGCUUUCUUAAGAACGAAAAGUCAGGUAGGACAUUACGCUGCAGAUGGAACAUAUGUGCCAGCUGGUGGAAUUUAUAUACCACCAAACCCUCCAAGAGAAGCACCUGCACCAGGACUACCUAGAACAUUUACAUCGUCACAUGGACACAGACACAGGCAUGCACCAAAACCAACACAACAACCAACAGUUCAAAAACCAGCACAGCAACCAACAGUUCAAAAUCCAGCACAACAACCAACAGUUCAAAAUCCAGCACAACAACAACCACAAACAGAGCAAGGACAUAAAAGAAGUAGAGAACAAGGAAACCAAGAAUUCUUAAAAAUGCUUAAAGAAGAGUGUGGUUUCCCA